AGCGGUCACACGUUAACCAUCGGCGACCCGUGCGUUUUAUUCUGCGGAUUGAGGGCUCGUGAGGUUUCAGGGGUGCGGAUUUGACCCAGUUUAUAGGAGGGCGCUCGAGCUCUACCGUUUUCACGCACGGUACGCACGUACUGUAGACCCGGUGAAAUCGUCACGCGGAUAGAAUCACUGGAAUCUGUCGCGAGUGUGUUCCUGCGCGGCCGGACAGCAUCCCGGCAGAGAGCGAGGUCCGGUCGGUCGCUCGUCUGUGUGAGCCGGUAGCACCGCUAGGAGGGGAGGUAGAGCGGGACGUGCGCUGGACUCCUGGCCGAAUCGGAGCAUCCCACUCCCGGCAGCAUCCAUCCCUCCGCGCCUCAGCUACAGCGGGAGGCCCGGAGCGGCGGCAGGAUGUAGCAGCGGAUUAACGGAGGAGAGAGGGGCGCUCAGAGGAAGAGAGCGGGACCGAGCGGACCGAGGCGGGACGGAGAGGACAUGGGGAAGGACCAGGAGCUGCUCCAGGCCGUGAAGACCGAGGACUUGCUGACAGCUCAGCGGCUUCUACAGAGACCUCGGCCAGGGAAAGCCAAGCUUCUUGGAGCAACAAAGCGAGUGAACGUCAACAUCCAGGAUGCAGAUGGGUUGGCACCGCUGCACCAUGCUGCUCUAAGUGGUAACAAGGAGCUGAUCUCUUUGCUGUUGGAGGCCCAGGCAGCAGUGGAUAUUAAAGACCAUAAAGGGAUGCGUCCUCUGCAUUACGCUGCAUGGCAGGGGAAGACUGAACCAAUGAAAAUGCUGCUGAAGGCAGGCUCAUCAAUCAACGGACAGUCAGAUGAAGGACAGAUCCCUCUCCACCUAUCAGCUCAGCACGGACACUAUGACGGGUCGGAGAUGUUGCUACAACACCAGUCCAACCCGUGUAUCUCAGACUCAGCUGGGAAAACACCACUGGACCUCGCCUGUGAAUUUGGACGUGUUGGAGUGGUCCAGCUCCUGCUCAGCAGUAACAUGUGUGCAGCCAUGCUGGAACCAAAACCCUCUGACCCCAACGGAGUGUCCCCUCUGCAUCUCGCUGCCAAGAAUGGACACAUUGAUGUCAUACGUUUGCUGAUUCAGGCUGGUAUAGAUAUCAACAGACAGUCUGAGUCUGGCACAGCGCUACAUCAGGCAGCCCUCUGUGGGAAGACAGAGGUAGUGCGCCUGCUACUGGAUAGCGGCAUCAGCGCAGGGGUGAGAAACACUCUGAGCCAAACUGCCCUGGACAUUGUAAACCAAUUCACCACCACACAGGCCAGCCGAGAGAUCAAACAACUACUUAGAGAUGCCUCGGCUGCGAUGCAGGUGCGUGCGCUGAAGGAUUACUGCAACAACUACGACCUUACCAGCCUCAACAUCAAAGCUGGAGACAUUAUCACGGUUUUGGAGCAGCACUCUGAUGGCCGAUGGAAAGGCUGUAUUCACGACAACCGCACAGGAAAUGACCGUGUAGGCUACUUCCCCUCCAACAUGGUGGAAGUCAUCAAGAGGGCAGGUACGCGGACUGCAGAGCUGAGUCCUCAAGGCUCUCCUACUCUGGGUCAGCAGAGCAGCACCAGUGAGGACAUCUGGGUGCUACGCAAACCGCUGGCAGGUGGCGAUCGCAGUGGCAGUGUGGGCAGCAUUGGCAGCAUUCGGUCAUCCAGCAGCUUGCAGAGCUCUGGAAACACACAUGUUCUGACCACCCCUGCACCCAGUCCACACCCGGCACCCACACCAGGAGUCAACACACACGGCCUUAACGCUCCUGGCCUGCACGCACAAUCUGAAGGGGUGAAGCUCCUGGCCACCGUGCUGUCCCAGUCGGUAAAAGCCAAGGAACAUCUCUUAGAGCAGUCACAGUCUGUUGAGCAGUCAGCGGGCUCCUCCAGUUGCACAGUUCAUGAACAGCGGUCGUUUGAGCGGAAAGCAGAGGAGGAUGAUGGGAAAGACCUGACGGCAAUUGGGGUCAUGAAGCCUGGACAUCGAAAGAAGUUAACAUCAGAGAUCAGCAAGCUGCCCUCCACAGACUGGCUGCCAGACCACAAGCCUGCCAAUCUGGCAGACUGGCUGUCUCACCUGGGUCUUAAUCAGUACUACCAGGUUCUGGUGCAAAAUGGGUAUGAAAACAUUGACUUCAUCUCCGACAUCAGCCUUGAAGAUCUGCAAGAGAUUGGCAUUACUAAACUAGGCCAUCAGAAGAAGCUGAUGUUGGGAGUGAAGAGACUGAAGGAGCUACAGAGGGGAGGAAGUAGCGCUGAGCUUCCUCAGAGCCCCUCUACACCUCCAUCCAGCCCGGGUGGCAGCACCGGUACAGAGCCCCGUAGGGAGGUGAGGAAGCAGAGGGAUGGUGCCCCCAGUCCGCUGGCCAAACCUCGCCCAGGUCUCACACAUUCACAGACCUCUCCCCACCCAUCGACACAAAACCCACCACAAACCCCCCCACAUGGCCGGACCCAGCAGGCCUCCCCCAGGGCUCGACCGCGCCCCUCCACCAGGAUGGCAGAAGAUUCGUCAGUGCCGCUGCUCCGCCUGCCCAGUGAGGAGGAAGAGCGACGGAGAACUCACAGUCUAAUUGGCUCAGAAUCAGACUCUAGAUACGCCACUGUGUGCCGCAGCAGCUCCGCACAUACUGCCCCUAAUGAUGUCACUGUUAACCGCAGCCAGUCAUCUGUCACCCUCCGUCCCCGUCGGAAAGGUCGGCCCCCAACACCACCUAAACGUUCCUGUUCUUCCAUUACCGGGGGUGACGAGGAGGAAGUGGGACAGGUGGAGGGGCUACUCGGGCUGCCAAGCUAUCGAGAGCGGCGAGCCAGUGACUGCGGCAGCCUGGGAUCAGCUUUAAGAUCUCAGGACUCAGCGGGCCUGGAGAGAUCAGAGGGGGCUUCUGGGAGUGUUCGCAGCCUCGCCGCUAUGCUGGAGACAUCCAUCGUUGGUGGAGCCAAAACCCUGCCGAGGAAUCUGGGAGGCAGCACCAACUACCUACAGGUGAGUCCACCUGUACUUCGUCGGCAGGCAGGCGCAGGCGGUCUUGGAUCUGAGGAGGAUGAUGUCUUAAGUCGGCGCAGGACCAUCAGUGGAACAGAAAGUCUCCUUGGUGAUCAGAUCAACCUGUUACCUCGGCAACCAGCCCAGCAACGUCCAGAGCCGCGGCCCCGCUCGACUGUGGCAUCCUCAGCAUCAGAAGUCACAGACGGCACAGCGACGCUUCGAAGGAGGCCGCGUCCUCUGGCAACAGACUCUGAAGCGCCUGCAUCCAUGGAUACCAACGCUGUUACCAUGAAAACUGGCUCUGACACCAUACGCAGGAGACAACGCACGUCUGAGAAUACAGAAAGUGUCAUUCAAAGCAAUAACCAAUCAGACUCUCCCAGCAGUCAAACAGGUAGCCGGAAAAACGGAGGCGAGCCGCAGCAGAACGGCAGUGUGGUCCUGAGGCGGAGGCCUGUGUCUGAGCUCUCUGAUAGGACGGAGGCAAACAAAGAGAGCUGUGAGUGGAUGGAGGCUAGGAAGUCUCUGAAGCCGCCGGUCUCACCCAAACCAUGCACGGUCACCCUGAAGAAGACACAAGCUGACCCCCCAACCCCGACUCGCAGGGUCCCCAUACCUGGGCCCGAUAAUACUGAGACAGCUCAGAGCCCUGAGCCGAAGCGCGUACCUCCUCCUGUAUCCCCAAAACCCCGUGGGCCUCCAACAGCACCUAAACCAGGCAAAGCAAUAGUGGCUUCAGCUGCCAUGAGCCCGAGUCCUGCUGCUACCAGCCCAGCUGCAGCCAGCCCCACCCCGGCCCCCAAACCCACCUCUCUUCUCUCCGCCGCCCCUCUUCCAGCUCCUGACACCCCCUCUGCUCCCUCCCUCUCUCCGGGACUCCCUCUAACUUCCCCCUCUCCGGCUCAGAGUCCCUCCACCCCCUCGCCACACCCUGUCAAACCUCCCCGCUCCUCCAUUGCCGGCCUCUCCAUCGACCUGGUGGGAGGACGGGAGUUGGAGGAGGAAGAGGAGAGGAGGAGAGAGGAAGAGGAAAAGAGGAGAGAGAGGGAGCACAAGAGGCACAAGGAGCAGGAGGAAGAGAGGAAGAGAGGAGAGAAGGGGAAUCUGAUGGAGCCGGAGAGUCAAGUAGAGGAAGUGGAGCAGGAGGAGGAAGAGGAAGAGGAAGUGCAGCAUCGUUUGGAGGAGACCAGUGCCUCCUUGGCUGCAGCUGUGCAAGCUGUUGAACAUAAAAUCAAAGAGGAGGACGCACAAAAUGACUCUCUUUCUAGCAAAAAGUCCACAGUCUCCAUCUUGGACGACAUCGGCACCAUGUUUGACGACUUGGCAGACCAGCUGGAUGCAAUGCUCGACUGAUCUCUCGCCCACGACUCAUCUCCAACAAGG